GGUCCGUUCUUCUGCUUCAUACAAUCUUUCUUCCGUUCAUCAAUGGCGAAGAAGAGAGAAAGGCACCAGAAUCCCCAACCCUUCCUCGCCGGCGACAAUGAUACCGUGUCUUCCAAGAAACGUUCGAAGUCAAGAGAGGAACGAAAGCAGCUUCAGAAGGAGGAGAAGCUUCUGUCGUCUGGGAUAAGCUCGAAGAUUCUCAAGGAGUCUCUGCUUCAGCAGAGGGAGAUCGAGGACGAGCAGCUCCAGGCUCAAAACCCUAACAAUUCCUUGUUAACCGUCACUGAAAAGCCGGUGCGCCAGGACGUCGAAGAAGAGGAAGACGAUAUUGAUGACUUUAAAGGCUUUGACGAUACUCAUAGCCGUUAUGGCGAUUACGAAGACAUUGAUGAAGAGGAUGAGAGAUUACUGGAGGCAUUCAUGUCGAAUGAGAACGCAGUUCCGCAGCGUACACUUGCUGAUAUUAUUGUUGCAAAAAUUAAGGAGAACGAUUCUAAUGUCUCUUCAGCAGCACGGCCUUUGCCUAAGAUGGACAGCUCUAUCAUUGACUUAUACAAGGGACUUGGAAAGUUUCUCAAUAAAUAUACAGCUGGUAAAAUGCCCAAAGCAUUGAAGCACAUUGCUUCAAUGUCAAACUGGGAGGAUGCCCUGUAUUUGACGGAGCCGGAAAAUUGGUCGCCUAACGCGAUGUACCAAGCCACGAGAAUUUUUGCCUCCAAUUUGGGUGUUAAAAAGGCGGAACGCUUUUACAAGUUUGUAUUGCUCCCCCGGGUCAGGGAGGAUAUUCAGAAGAAUAAGCGGUUGCAUUUUGCUCUCUAUCAAUCGCUGAAAAAGAGUUUGUACAAGCCCGCUGCCUUCUUUAAAGGAAUCCUCUUUCCCCUAUGUGAGUCAAGAACAUGCAAUCUGAGGGAAGCUGUUAUUAUUGGGAGCAUCGUACAAAAAGUUUCUAUUCCUCUUCUUCAUUCAAGUGUUGGACUUUUAAAACUUGCGGAGAUGGAAUAUUGUGGAACAACAAGUUACUUUAUAAAGCUUCUUUUGGAGAAAAAAUAUGCUCUUCCAUAUCGGGCACUUGAUGCUCUUGUUGCUCAUUUUAUGAGAUUUUUGGAUGAUACGAGGAUAGUGCCUGUGAUAUGGCACCAGUCGCUUCUUGCAUUUGUUCAAAGGUAUAAGAAUGGUCUGCAGAGGGAAGAUAAAGAAAACUUGAGAACGCUUCUUGAAAAGCAGAAGCAUAAGCUAGUUACACCUGAAAUUAGUAGGGAGCUAAACAAUAGCCGCAAUCGGGGUGAGAAGGAGGAUGAUCUUAUGUCGAUUGCUUCGCCCAUUUCUGUGAUCAACAAGACUAUUGAAGAAGAUAGGUUUGACAUUCCAGAGGUACCUAUGGAAGAGGACUGAUUAAUUGCUCGGGUUUGGAAGGCUCUCUAUCAUCUUAGCCAGAUAAUCGGCGUGAGCAGUAUCUUAUGGAGUUCGGGCCUUUUUAGAUAUUUGGUGUUGCCAUUGCGGACUGAUGAGCGGUAACAGAAAUUGCGGACUGAUGAGCGGUAACAGAAUUUGCGACUAAAAGUAUACAUGGUUUCCUGGGAGAACACAUCAAUUUUGCGCUUUCCAGUGUUUUUUGUUUUUUUUUGUUGAUUCUAAGUUAUUCUUUAAGGAGCUUCCAAUGUGUGCAUAUUGAAUUUAUGUAAGGGCCCAAGAGUUUAAUUUUUUUGUAAUCCUGAUCUUGUUAUUCAUGAAUUU